AACUACCCACCCUGUUUUUACUUUCCGAUCAAAAACAGGUCUGUUAUUCAGGUAAAUAAAUACCUUCCCUUCAUUGUUGUUGUUCUUCUUGUUCCCCGGUUGUGCCCCUCCGACCUGCUUGCGGUGUUGACUGUGGAGGGGUCGUGGGGAUAAAUUUUUCCCCUCCUUCCAUUUUCUUUUCCCUUUUUUUUCCUUAUCUUUCUGGUUCCUGACCUCGACGUGAUCUAGUGCCUCUCGUGGUCGCUGUCUCAAAAUGUCUCAACAAAAGUCAGCUAUCCUCUCCGUCUAUGACAAGACCGGACUUCUCGACCUGGCCAAGGGCCUGGCCAAGAACAAUGUCCGUCUGCUCGCCUCUGGUGGCACUGCCAGGAUGAUCCGAGAGGCAGGAUUCCCUGUCGAGGACGUCUCUGCUAUCACCCAUGCUCCCGAAAUGCUUGGUGGCCGUGUCAAGACCCUCCACCCUGCUGUCCACGGUGGUAUCCUUGCUCGCGACAUUGAGUCCGAUGAGAAGGAUUUGGCCGACCAGAAGAUCGCCAAGGUCGACUUCGUUGUUUGCAACCUUUAUCCCUUCAAGGAGACCGUCAACAAGGUUAAUGUCACUAUCGAAGAGGCCGUCGAGGAGAUCGAUAUUGGCGGUGUGACCCUCCUCCGUGCCGCGGCUAAGAACCACGCUCGCGUCACCAUCCUUUCCGACCCUCAGGACUACCCCGAGUUCCUUAAGGAGCUCGAUGCCGGCGAGAUUACCGAGUCCAGCCGGAAGCUGUAUGCCCUCAAGGCCUUCGAGCACACCGCAGACUACGACAGUGCCAUCUCUGGUUUCUUCCGUAAGCAGUAUGCGGGCAACGGUGAGCAGCACAUUGCUCUGCGUUACGGCACCAACCCCCACCAGAAGCCUGCCUCGGCAUACAUGCUCCAGGGCAAGCUCCCAUUCAAGGCUCUGAACGGCUCUCCCGGUUACGUCAACCUGCUUGACGCUCUCAAUGCCUGGGCGUUGGUCAAGGAGCUCAAGCAGGCGCUGGGUUACCCCGCUGCGGCUAGCUUCAAGCACGUUUCUCCCGCUGGUGCUGCCGUCGGUGUGCCCCUGAAUGAGAAGGAGCGUAAGGUGUACAUGGUUGAUGAUAUCGCUGGUAUUGAGACUUCGGGUCUGGCUCAGGCUUAUGCUCGUGCCCGUGGUGCCGACCGCAUGUCCAGCUUCGGUGACAUCCUCGCUCUCAGUGACGUCGUUGAUGUGCCCACCGCCAAGAUCAUCUCGCGUGAGGUUUCGGACGGUGUCAUCGCCGCAGGCUACUCUCCUGAGGCUCUUGAGAUCCUUUCCAAGAAGAAGGGCGGCAAGUACCUCGUGCUCCAGAUGGACGAGGCCUACGUUCCCGCAGCCGAGGAGACCCGUACUUUGUACGGUGUUCAGCUCUCUCAGCACCGCAACGAUGUGGUGAUCUCUCCCCAGAAGACCUUCAGCACCAUCGUGACGCCUAAGAACCUCCAGAGCCUCCCUGACUCUGCUUUGCGGGAUCUCACUGUGGCUACUAUCGCUCUGAAGUACACUCAGUCCAACUCUGUCUGCUACGCUCUCAACGGCCAGGUCGUUGGUCUGGGCGCUGGCCAGCAGAGUCGUAUUCACUGCACUCGUUUGGCCGGUGACAAGGCUGACAACUGGUGGAUGCGCUUCCACGACCGUGUCCUCGGCAUUCGGUGGAAGAAGGGCACUAAGCGUGCCGACAAGGCAAACGCUAUUGACUUGCUCUGCUCGGGUAACACCCCUCGCAAUGAGGCAGAGAAGGCCGAAUAUGAGCGUGUCUUCGAAGAGGUCCCUACUCCAUUCACUCAGGAGGAGAGGGAAUCCUGGCUCGAGAAGCUGAGCGAGGUUGCCGUCUCGUCCGAUGCUUUCUUCCCCUUCAUCGACAACGUUUUCCGUGCAGCCCGCUCCGGCGUUAAGUACAUCGCUGCUCCCAGCGGUAGCCAAAACGAUGGCCCUGUCUUCGAGACUGCAGAGAAGCUUGGCAUUGUUUUCGUCGAGCAGGGUACUCGUCUUUUCCACCACUAGGUCAUUACUGUUGUUUGAUAUGAGAUAGUCCAAAUGUUAUGCUAGUAUUCAUGUGACGACGUUAGUCUAUUUUCUCAUAACUUUGAUACCGAGCGCACUUGAGUGCAAUAAAAGAACAGUUUAAUUGUGCAAUGAUGUUUCCUGUGCAUGUUUAUUAUAAAUCGGUCAGCUCGACCCGGAACAGUAUCCAGGAAUGGGGUGGGGUAUGUAUUGUUGACUGAGUGAGUCAAAAUGUCAGUCAGAUACAAUUGACUGAAU